UUAGCAUAGAAUUUAAUAAGCCUUUGCGCUUGCUGAAAAGAUAGCAUUGACUUGAAUUACCAAUUACCGUCGUUUUUUCUGUUAUUGUCUCAGUUAAAAUCGUGCAAACAAGUUAUUCCUAAUGUUCCAUUACGUAACGAAAGUAGACUGCAUUCACCAUUGAAGCUUAAUUUCUAAAAUUACACACGCACACGCGAACCUCAUUGAGCAGUAUAUUUAACAAAGUUUGCGUCAUUUAUAAAAUUUAUGAAAACUUUUUAGCACUGAAAAACCAUCGCAUUAUCGUUGCUUUAUGUUUGUCAGUCAUUUCUCUGUGAACAAACUACUCAAAUAUGCCAUUAUAAAUUUUAAUCUUAACACUGAAUCAAACAAUUUAACUGUUUGCCGCAAAUAAUAACAUCUACUUGACAAACUGAAGGGUUGGCAAUUGUUACCUAAAUCCACUGUCUGCACAUUUGCUGCUCAACCUAUACUUUACCACAGCGACUGCGGAACUAAGAAGAGACAACAACGUGGAUACGGUUAGCGUCACGGUCAGUACACUUGUCCAUGUAAAAUCACAGACUGCUUUCAUGAUGAUUAUUAAACCGUUAUACUCCUAAAAACAUCAACAACUGAAAUAAUUCAACCGUCGCUAUAACAUAAGGGAGUAUCAAGACGAUGGACACUUUUUGGUUACAGAAAAUUUUUAUAUAGAAAAAAUAAUACAAUCCAGCCGUUGAAUCAACCAUUGAUAAAUUCAAUUUCAAACUGGAGGAAGAUUUACGAAUUAUAAAACUUGCAAAUGAAGUCAUUUAAAUUUACCAUUUUUAAUAUUUUAUUCAGUUCAUUCAUUUCAAAACGCAAAUACUAAUUACCCCCCCCCCCCCUUCCCCUAUCAAGAAAGGGGAAAUAAUUAAUCAAGUAAAUUAAGUAAGUCGAAAUUUCGACCGAUCAGAAUGCAGCAAAAUUUAACUUACUCCACAAAGCCCCCUGAAUUCGAAUAUAUAAAUAAUAAUUGAUAAAAUUAAAAACUAGCCAGCCAAUGGACACGAAAUAUUUUUUUCUAUAACUAUUAACACUUGCAAACGAUAAUCAUUUCCAUUUAAAAUAUAGUUGAUAUCUUGAAAUAUAGAUAUUUACAUGAAAUUAAAUGAAUUAAGUCAGUGGCAUGUGAACAACUAAAACACGCAUUAAUAGAGAAGUUAUGGACUUGUUUUAUUCUAUUCGAUAAAUUAAAUCAUUGUUAAUUUAAAAUUAAUUAAAUAAGUAAUUGAAACAAAUACACUAAAGCGUGCAUACUGGUCAUACAACGCACGCACGAACUGGUCCCGCAUCAAGAGCAUCCUCCGCCAAGUUUAUGUGUCAAAGGUCAGUCUGCUGCCAAGCUACGUGGUCGAGUUCUUGUGGCAGCUAAUUUGGAGAUAACCUUUGGAAAGUCGAGCAUGAAGUUAGAAGCUUAGUUCAGAUAGUCAAUUUUUGUUGACCCGUCCCAAUUCUACUUGGAUUUCAUAUUUACAAAAUUCUGUUAGCUUAUUAGGCCCAUAUUUAUAUCAGCUGUAACGCCGAAGGCCGAUUUCAGACUCGAGCAUGUCGCAUCAAAUAUAUUAGCAGCGAAUUUGUCUCCACAAUUCAUUUUCAUACCAAAAAAAAUAAUUAUGACUCGAAAUUUUUAAUAUCCAUUCAUUUACUUUCAUUCGCUGCUUACUUUUGAUCAGAGAAAAAAGCUGCAAAUUCUUUUUUCUCUGAUAAAAAAAUGGUUUGCACAGAAAAUCUUCUGAAGUACUACCGGUUGCCAGAAAAAGCUCUGAGCUAUAUUUUCUACAAAAACGGCUAUUUUGUCGCAUCUAAACCCUGGCUAUUCAUAGUAGGAAGCAUAGUUCUAUUCCUCAUAACUGGCUCAGGAAUGUUCCGGAUGCAAGCGGAAAAGCCCGAGGAUGUCUGGAACCUCUAUUUUCCGGAGGGCAAUCCAGCAUCAGAAGGAUACAUGAAGCUCAGCAAUGACUUCCCCUCUCAUAGUGGCGACAACUACUGGCCUUUCCAGGACACCGGAGAAAUGGUGUCGCUAAACGCGCUGUUUUUAAUCGAAGCCGAUAAGAGCAAUCUUUCAGAAGUUAUCAGAAGCGUACGGCAAAGCUGCGAGCUCGUCAAAUCAUUCUCGGCCAAAAUUAACGGCAAAGAUUACAUGUACAGAAACGUUUGUGCUAUGCAACCUGAUUUCAUCGGACAUUUCUGUACGUUUCCCACAAUUUGCGAGGACCUCGAGCGCAAACCGAACGUGCUAUGCGACGAAAACAUCUACAAACUGGAAGCUAACUUUGUAUACGACCACACGGUGUUAAUUGAUUCACAUAAAUGCGAGCCACUACGGGAAAUUGUUGCAACUCCAGCUAUACGGUUGAAUUGGUUCUUCAAUAAAGACACCUUACCGAAGCGACGGCUGUCAGAGGAUUAUAUUCGUCAAGUUUUCAACGAUUUAUACGAGAAGUCGCAAAAAGAGUUCCGAGGAACUGUCUAUCUCUUCUCUACGGUGGUUCAAUUUGAUGAGUACCAUUCCAUUGUGCAAAGUGACUCGCCUUUUAUGGGCGUGACCAUCGGCAUGAUGACAGUAUUUUCUAUCUUGGUAUCCUUGAAGGUUCCGGGCUUUCUCAACAGCCGUUCCAUUCUAGCUCUUGCCGGAGUUGUGGCCACGUGUUUUGCUAUCGGCUCAACAUUGGGAGUUUUGGCGUUACUCGGGAUUCCUUUUAUAGAAGUGGCAUUCUUGACUCCGUUCAUAAUGCUUGGCAUUGGAAUUGACUCGACCUUCGUUCUGAUGUUUACAUGGGCAAAACAACAGCAACAGCUGCUCGAAACCCUUUUGGACCAUUCGAAUACUGGCUCCCACUGCUCGACUAAUGAGAAGCUAGAAUACGGGCAUCUGGUAUUUGCCACAGAUAGCACCCAGGAGUCGUUGGGUUUGAAGAAACCUCAGCUGAAGGACUUGGGUGUAAGAAUCUGCGUGGGGGUGACGCUUAAGAAGGCAAUGAUCUCCAUCUUCAUAUCCUCCAUAACCUCUUUCAUCGCAUUCCUCGUGGGCUCAUUCACGCCUUACAGGGCAGUCAACAUCACGUGCUAUCAUUUGGCGGUGUUUACCGUUUUUCUGAUGGUCUAUGAGACAACUUUCUUCACUGCUAGUCUUGCAAUACACCAUAAGCGAGUCAUCAAUAGCUUCAAUCCAUUGUUGAGCCAUGAUAACAAAAAAGAAUCUAACGGAACACACGAUAUGAUCGAACCCAACGGAAUCAGCGUACCGUCUAAACAGCCCCAGUUCGAACCCCUGCCUGGAAACUGCGACAAUAUCGAUGACGUUGCUCAUAAGCAUGUAUUGUCUGAAGAUGGUGUACGUCAAGUAAAUGACGGGGCUCUUCGGGUAAAUGUGGCUGAUCACUUCAACAGACUGGAGCUACUGGUCAAAAAGUGGAUGCCUAAAAUUGUGCUGCACAAUGUCGUAAGAGUAGGAGCAUCUGUAUUCGUCGUCGCAUUACUCGCGCUGUCAACUUACCAGGUCGUGAAUAUGAAGCAGUAUUUCAACGAGAUAGAGUACCAGCCAGACAACUCGAGGAUCCUGGACUACUACACCACUUCCCGGAAGUACUACCGUGACCCCAUCAUGGUCAGUUUGGUCAUAGACGAAGAGGUGCCCUACUGGAACAACAGCCAGCUUGACAAACUGCAGCAUGUAUACUCGAAGCUUGCAGCUCAAGACUUCAGCGACAAAGAAAUAAACAGUCGAAUGCUUCCGUGGUUCGUAAUGGUGAACGAGAGUCUGCGCGCAGUGAACAACCAAGCAAGUUUUCGCCGAAAAGUGCGCCAACUUGAAAUGAUCUACUCGAAAACACCCUAUAUCAAUAACUGGGUUGUAAGCGAACAGUACGAUCUGAUAAAAACCCGCUUUUUCCUUGCUUUGAAACCAGUACAGGAGAAAAAUCUGGACCGAACUAAGCAUAUAAUUAGUAAAAUCAAGGAAAUUACCUCUGAUUAUGACUAUAAAUUGUAUUUCACGUCCCGCGAGCUGAUGUUGUGGGAGCGAAACAGCCACAUGCGACAAUCAACUUGGAUCACAAUUUUGAUCGCUCUUUCGAGCUGCAUUGCUGUCACUAUCUUUCUCCUGCCCCAUCCCGUGGUAUUCAUAACUGUCAGUUUAUGCGGGGGGUUCACCAUGAUCAGCACCCUAGGUUGUAUGGCCAUGUAUGGCAUCGAGUACAGCUUAUGCACAUACAUUAUAGUGCUACUCAUGAUUGGGCUAUGUAUCGACUACAUAUCACACACAGGACAUGCUUAUAUUGUUCACAUGGGCGACAGCAGAAUGGAAACUACGAAAAGAGCCCUCGAAAACAUAGGUGUGCCUCUUUUCAAUGCCGCCUUGAGUAGCAUAAUCAGCGUAUCCAUGCUCGGUUUCUCAUACUCGAACAUGAUGCGCCGCCUUUUUGUCAGUAUUGUGCUUCUGUUCGGUUUUAGUUUUUUCUAUGGCGUCAUUUUUCUGCCAAUUGUUCUCAGUGUUUUCGGCCCCAGAAAGAAAAAGUGCAACAAAAGUCAGGCCGCUAAAAACGGCACGGCAUCUCUUCAAAAAGUUAGCUCGAAAUCUCCACUUCGAAUGGGAAAGCUGGCUGCCACUGAAAAGAAAAGCUCAAUUUCCUCAAUAUCACAGAAAGUGGGAUUUGAGAGCGAGCGUUUAAUGGUGCUAAAUGGGAAAUCGGUUAAGGAGCAGGACCAAAAUCAGAAUGAACCAAUCAUCACUAAACCUUGAAGGAACCGGAAUGAAACUAACAAUUGAAGCACGAAAUGAAGCUGACAAUUCAUAAUUAAAGAAAGACACUUUUUCUUUUGACAAUAAUUCCAAUGUAUGAUCGACCUUAUCGAAUUUAUUAGUCUCAGUCUUUCGUGUCCAUAUUUAAAAGUGAAAAAUGUCCUGUAAAUGCGAUUUAGUCUCCCAAAUUGUUUUCCAUAUCAGAUAAAUUAAGU